AUGAAAGCAGCGAAAAUCAUCCUAGGAGGAUGCUCCAAGCGCACGAGUAAUGCAACCGUUAGGGCAGAAUUGGGGAUCCAAUCCCUACGGUCGGGAGGAGACGCGAGGAAGCUGACAUGGCAGUAUCGCAUGUGCGGGAUGGGAGAGGAGAGGUUGCCGAGAAUUGUAUGGGAGGCGAAGUGGGCAAACAAAAAGAGGGGUAGACAACCCACGGAAUGGGUCAAGGUUGUAGAGGACGUAUGGAAGGGGCUCGACAUCGACGAAGAUGAAACGCUGGAAACGGAGGGUCUACAGGGGUUCAAGGAGAAGAUACCUGUUGCUUGUGCCGAGAGAUAA